AUGUUUGCGAAAACAGGGCUUCUUCUACUGACCGCAGCGGCGGGAGUGGUGAGAGGCGACUUCAUGGUCUACACCGAACCGCCAAUUCCCACGUCCGCCAUCCCAACCUUCGCCAACCCAUCUGAAGCCCAGGAAUGGACGACCUCAGUCUUCCUCAAUGCGCAGAUAGCCUACGGUCGCUUCACGGAAUCCCUCGGCGAGCCCUACCAGUCCUCUCUCACAUCCGCGCGCUCCGAAAUCGACGCCUUUGUCAGCACCGCCUCGAAUUACAGCAUUCCAGCUGAAGUCACCAUGGCCGACGAGACCCCCACAUACUUCUCCAAGCCAGAUUGGUAUACAGCCCUGCCGAGUGCGGCGAGGUCGUUCAAGGAACAACAGGUCAGCGAUCAGUUCAGCAUCGUGAGGAACGUUAUUGCGGCGAGGGCUACCUCUACAACCGGUUCCGAGGGAGCCGCGAUGCCGACUGCACUUGCUGGACAGUGGCUGGGGGCUGAGUUCGGCGUCAUGGCUGCGGCGGCUGCGGCCGCCUUCUUGUGA